GUUUAACUAAUUCAGAUAUUGGAGUAACAUGUUUAUAACGUCGGAUCACUUCAUGCGUGGUCGUUGGUCUGUCUGGAGCGCGUAGAAUACGGACUGGACUUUAGAAUAGUACUACACUGUUUUAUUGAUUCCUUUACUUAUUACAAUGUGGGAGGUGGAGUUUUUUCACCCAACCCGCUACGAUGUGAUUUACACGAGAUUCCGUUCUAUUUCUUAGUGUGGAGUAUGGAUGAUCUACUCCAAACAUCCGGAAAUUUCACGUCUCAUAAUUUGCACAGCUUAGUAUCUCAGCAUUGGAUAAAUUACAGCGGGUUGUCGGACGAGUUCCACUUGAUUCUGGGUGUUGUGGUAUCCGUGGUGGGUUUUGUGUCAAUCACAUCUAACGGUUUUAUUCUCUGGAUGUUUUACAGAUACAGAAGUCUGCGAAUUUCAUCCAAUCUACUGGUCCUGAAUCUCGCCAUUACAGACACCUUUCUUGCCCUUGGUAACCUCCCCUGGCUGGCGAUUUCUAGUUUCCGCGGAGUUUGGGUGUUUGGCAACAUAGGUUGCCAGAUAUACGGGUUUGUGGGUGCCAUUGCUGGGUUUAUCUCAAUAAACACUUUGACGGUGAUUGCCAUGGAGCGGUUCUUCGUAAUAGUGAUACGUCAACCAUGGAGAUAUAGAAAGACAUCCAAUAAAACCGUGUUAGUAGUCAUUGCGUUAAUCUGGAUAUACUCUUUCCUGUGGGCUCUAUGUCCAUUGAUUGGAUGGGGUUCCUACAUCUUGGAAGGGUCUAUGACGUCAUGUACAUUUGACUUUUUAUCUCGCGAUGUGAAUACAAAAUCGUACGUCACAUCCAUUCUGAUAUUCUGUUUCUCUGUACAGUUAUUCCUCAUCGUUUGCUCAUACGUCAGAAUAUAUCUAAAGGUACUACGACAUCAGAAAGAAAUCCUUGAAUGUUACAAUAAUGGGAAUGAAUCUUUAACAUUCCAAAAUAGGAAAAUCAAGAAAUUUCAAAGUUUUCAUGUGAAGACGGCUAAGGUUUCGCUGGUAAUUAUUUCCAUUUUCUGCAUAUCGUGGACACCUUAUGCAAUCGUUGCAAUAAUCGGGAACUUUGGAGACGCCAGCGUUGUGACGCCAUUGGUCUCUACCAUUCCGGGAGUUUUUGCCAAACUUUCAACUGUUCUCAAUCCCAUGAUUUAUGCAUUGCUCCAUCCAAAAUUCAGGAGCAAACUCCCAUUUUAUAGAGCAAAGGUGCAAAAGAUCAAAGUUAAUUUUAAGAAUUUAAUGCAAUUAGACAAUGAAAGCCCGUUGCAAAGCUCUACAGCCAUGUCGGGACAACAUGAAAACACGAUUGGGAAAUCUUUCAGGAAAGAAACCAAGCUUUGAAUUCAGUUCGCAUGCCUCUCCACGGAGAUUCCGUCUAAUCAUUCCUUUUGUUAAUCUUUUCUGUGAUGUUGUUCGUGAUUAAAUCAUUUGUAUUGUGAUAACCUUGUGGUAAGGGUGCUAGUUUUACAUUGGACGAUCCCGAGUUUGAAUUCUUCAUAUAUGUACGACCGCGUCAAAUACAUGUAUAAGACGUUAACAAACCGCGUCAAACGUAAGACGUUAACAAACCGCGUCAAAAAUAAGACUUUAACAAACCGCGUCAAACAUAAGACGUUAACAGACCGCGUCAAACAUAAGACGUUAACAUAGGUAGGAACAGGUCAUUCGCCAAGCGUCAUUCGGAUAUGACCUUAUAAACGUGUCACUUCACCUACAGCGUGACUUCCCUUUAUAAGUGAAAAAUUCUCAAAUGGGAUGUAAAAGAAUUAUGUUUACUGAAAAGUAAAGUAUAUUACCUUUAUAUAUUUUGUAUAAAUGUUAUGAUUGAAUAAAUGUUUAAUCAAUCA